AAGAAAGAAAGAAAGUAAAACUCCAAAUAACUGUGAGGUUCAUAACUUCACACACCAUCAGAGACCAGAGACUAAUUCUUCUCCUGCCGGUAGCUGCUGUGUGCUCUUCUCUUCUCCCCAAUCCAUCUCACGACUCCUCCCUUUUCUUUUGUGCGGAACGCGCCGCUACCUAAAUCUUACGGCGGCCUUUCUCGCCGGCCACGCCGACGUCCGCGUUCCAUUUCCGUGCCGCCUACAUCAGCCUUAGGUCAGCCGGCAUCCACCAGUAACUAACAAGGGCGGUCGUGUGUGCUCUCUGCCUCUCUCUUUUGACCGUUAACUUCAACUGCCCUUUCUUCCAAUAGGAUGUCGUUUUAUCGCGGACUGUCACGGAUUUCGAGAAAUCUCAGAGGCGGCGGUAGCUUCAAUGGAAGUCGGUUCCAUAGUCUCCAAUUUCUUGCUUCUCACAAACACCACUCGUCUAUGGGCUCUACUGAAAAGGUCAGAAGUUUUGUUUUUACAAAGGGUCUGCCAGCAUUGCAUAGUAGCAGAUAUAAAAUCCAUCAACAAAGCCACUCCAUUUCUGAGGAUGAACUUGAUCCAUUUUCCAUGGUUGCUGAUGAACUCUCACUUGUUGCUAACAACUUGCGAGCGAUGGUAGUUGCUGAGGUUCCUAAGCUUGCCUCAAGUGCUGAAUACUUCUUCAGAAUGGGGGUGGAAGGAAAAAGAUUUCGUCCAACUGUUUUAUUGUUAAUGUCAACAGCAUUAAAUCUAUCAACACCCAAGCCACCUCAUCAUUUCGACCAAGGAGGCAGUGUUGCGACAGAUCUACGCACAAGACAGCAAUGCAUAGCUGAAAUAACAGAGAUGAUCCAUGUGGCUAGUCUUCUUCAUGAUGAUGUUCUGGAUGAUGCAGACACCAGGCGUGGUAUUGGUUCAUUAAAUUUUGUAAUGGGCAAUAAGUUGGCAGUGUUGGCUGGGGAUUUUUUGCUUUCUAGGGCUUGUGUUGCUUUGGCUUCUCUGCAAAACACAGAGGUUGUAUCUUUGUUGGCAAAAGUUGUAGAACAUCUUGUAACAGGAGAGACCAUGCAAAUGAGUACGACAGCAGAUCAGCGGUGUAGUAUGGAAUAUUAUAUGCAGAAGACAUAUUACAAGACAGCAUCAUUGAUUUCAAAUAGUUGCAAGGCAAUAGCCAUCCUAGCUGGCCAAACAGCAGAAGUUGCAAUGCUUGCUUUUGACUAUGGAAAAAAUCUGGGAUUGGCGUUUCAGUUGAUAGAUGAUGUGCUUGAUUUCACAGGCACAUCGGCUUCCCUUGGAAAGGGUUCUUUGUCAGACAUUCGCCAUGGAAUUGUAACUGCUCCAAUAUUGUUUGCAAUGGAGGAGUUCCCUCAGCUGCGUGCAAUUGUUGAUAAGGGCUUUGACAACCCUGACAAUGUUGAUAUUGCUCUUGAGUACCUUGGAAAGAGCAGAGGUAUACAAAGGACAAAAGACCUGGCCGUAAUGCAUGCUAACCUCGCAGCAGCAGCAAUUGAUUCCUUACCAGACAGUGAUGAUGAGGAAGUAAAAAAAUCAAGGAGAGCCCUUGUACAUCUUACUCAGAGAGUCAUUACAAGAACCAAAUAAAAUGAGAACAUUCAGGAAUUUAACAAUUAUUCUGUUCCAAUUUUUCAAAUUUCUAUACUUGUUCCCCCAAAAUUGAGGGGAAAUAAUUUGUUUUAGGACCAAUUUCGUUAUUCAUAAUGUUCCUUAGGUUUAAUUCUUUUUUAAGGCUUGAUAGUUUCCCUCUAUUUUUAAAUAGGCCUUUAUAAUUUUAAAAAUUUUGUAAUCAGAAACUCCGAUAGUGAAUAAAAUAUUGUAAUCAAAGUCCCUUCAACCAAA